AUGGGAGCGUCGAGUUCGUCGCCUGCCGCUGCUGCCGCCGGCUCCGCUGCAGUGGAGAAGAUCUUCGCCUCUGCGCAGGAGAGAGCGGCCUUCGAGAAGAUCGUCGGAGAGACGCCCGUGCCUAGCGGGGACGCGGCGUACCACGCGGUGCUGGCGGGCUCCAAGCCGCUGCCGCAACUGUCGCAGGCGCAGGUGGAGCUGCUGACGCGCGAGUACGGAGAGACGCUCGCUCAGAACAGUCUCCGGUCGGGGAACUUCCGCGUGCUGCUGCGCUAUGUGAUCCACUCGCUGCCGUUCAGCUGCAAGGUGGCCGAGAUGACGAACAGCGAGCUGGCAGCGUUUGCACCGGGUGCGGUGGCGCCUGAUCCCGUGGAUGGCAAGCCGCAGACUGUGGGCACGCACCUGCACCGAGCUGUGAAUGCGCUGUUCUUGGUGCGCCAGUUUGCAAUGCGCUUUGUGGAAAGGACCGACGAGUGCUCGUUGCUGGCGCAUUUCAAUCACCAGCCAACGACGGAGUUUGCUGGCGUCUCGAGUCACAGUGCUAAUACUACGACGAGGCAUAGCUUGUCGAUUCAGAUGGAUGAAGUUGCUGAAAAAGGGGCCAACGAUGGAUUCGCGCCCGAAGAUUCCUCAGAUGAUCUAGCAGUUCGGUUCUUAGAUGUACUUCUUACGGUUCUCAUCGAGUUCCCACCCAACGAAAAGACGCACGACUUGCAUGUGGAAGUUGUGAACACGCUGCUGGUUCUCCUAUCGCCAGUGGCGUAUCCGCGAGACCAUUCCAAGCAAGCUGGUGAUCUACGAGCCCACAACCCAUUUCUUUAUAUGCUGAUGUCGGCAGCCCUACCUGAUGGCAAGAAGUCGUAUUGGGCUCCAGGCUUGGUGCGUCGCUUGCUGCAGAAUAGCAUUGAACAACUCCAGGCUACGGGACCAAAUGCCACUUCAAACACUGCAGUGGUCGCACUACGGAAGGCUCGUGAAAUGUCGCUCAUUGCGAUGUCGGGGAUCUCCGACCAGGCGUACGAGCAGGAACAGUUCUCCUAUUUCACUCUCGAAGGUGUCGGCUCCAUAGCUGCAUCAAUCUUCCGAUUCCCGUGGAGCUUCAUCCGGUAUUUUACUACUCGCGAGGAUUCUGCUAAUCCGCUCGCCGAUCGAAGCGUUCUGCUACUCCUUGUCUUGCUACAGAGUUGUCGAGACAGUGAUUCAGCGGUGGCCAGCAACCCAUUCCGAGGAGCGCUGUGUGGCGUUGCAGAUGGAGCUGACGCAGACGAUCAGAGCGCGGAAAUUGAGGACCCUCGAGUUCAUUUGAUGCGGCAGGGCCACACAACCGCGGCCUCCAGUGCGGAGAAGUUGGAGCUAAUGUACUCGGACUUGUUUGAAGUUGUCGGCCGCCAUGCGCCAUACGAGGCAAGCCAUCUCAUGUUGUACACGCUGCUGUAUUCCAACCCGAUGAUGCUCGACGCUGCUGUGGGCAACGCCGAUAUGGAGCGGUUAUUGCUGCCUUUGCUGGAGACGUUGUACCAUGCGCGGUCGGUGGAGCCUAGUCGGCUGUACAUGCUGGUGAUCGUGCUGCUCACGUUCACGCAGGACCCGGAGUUCGUUCGCACCGCGCACACUCAGCUGGUGGUGCCCAAUGUAUCGUGGUACCAGGAACACUACAUGCUGGACGUCUCGCUGGGCAGUCUCAUGAUGGUCAUCUUCACGCGGCUAAUCUUCCGCAACAUCACCCACUUCCAGGACAGCUUCAUCCACCUGAACGCGUUUGCGGCGCUGUCCAACCUCGCGCGCUCAGCCGAAAACCUGCACAUGUACGCAGCGCAAGGAAUCGUGGGGCUCAUCGACAUGCUCGCCAAGAAUGAGGCAAAGCUGGUGGCGCAGAUGAAGCGGCUGAAGAGCGCGGACAAGGAGGAGAACGAGGUGCUGGCUCAGAAGCGCUCGGCCUACGUCGAGUUCAUCCGCCUGCUGCUGGGUGUGGUGUCGUCCUGCUUGAAGGCGAAGCUGCUGCCGCGCAACCCGCAACUUAUUUAUUCUCUGCUGCACCGCGCGGAUACUUUCGCAGGACUGCAACAACACUCGGAGUUCGCCGCGCAUGUGAACAAUGGGCCCGUGUGGAGCACGCUGGCACGAUUCCAGGUAGUCGUCGACACGAAGACGUCACCCGACGACGUGCUGGACGCUGACAAGGUGCUGGAGAUCAUCCGCAACGAAUGCGUUAGCCUUCUGGCGGCUUCCAGCGCCAGUUCCAGGACGGGAGGCGCGUCGAGGUCGAAGGCGUCCGUGGACGACGACGACGCGAGCUAUCGGUACGAGGAGGAGGCCGACCCGGAGCAGUUCUUCGUCCCUUACAUCUGGAAGCUCAUCCAGGAGCAGACGCCCGACUUCUGCUGGAAGGUGGACAAGAUCACGCUGUUCGUGCCGAGCGGCAUCACAGCGCCCACGAGUGUGGCCACAGGUUAG